GCUGGGAGCAGGAAGCGCGGCGGGCUCCGCCGGCUCCAACGACUCUCGCGGAGGGGAAAGUCCCGGGCGUUCCCUUGCUGCGCCCCCCGCCCCGGGCCGCCGGCCCCCAUCCGACAGUGCCAGAGCCAUGGGGGCUCAGGGCUGCCGGCCACCCGUCGUCCCGGGGUUCCCUUUGGAGCUGCUGCUCCUGCUCCUGAGCGUGUUGGCCUCGGGCUGCGCCUCCCUGCGACUCCUGGACCACCCCGCGCCCGCCUGCUCGCAGGAGGGGCUAGACUGCACAGUCAAGAAUAGUACCUGCCUGGAUGACAGCUGGAUCUACCUUCGCAACCUGACCCCCUCCUCCCCAAAGAACGUCCAGGUCCAGACCCAUGUGGCAUACACGAAGAAUGGAGACCUCGUCCCCGUGGUGCACAUCGAGUGGACGCUGCAGACAGAUGCCAGCAUCCUGUAUCUCGAGGGCGCCGAGCUAUCCAUCCUGCAGCUGCACACCAACGAACGUUUGUGUGUUGAGUUCAAGUUUCUGUCCCGACUGAAUCACAACAAGCGGUGGCAUUUUACCUUUGACCACUUCGUGGUUGAUCCUGGCCAGGAGUAUGAAGUGACUGUUCACCACCUGCCAAAGCCCGUCCCUGACGGGGACCCAAACCACCUGUCCAGGAAUGUCCACGUGCCUGACUGCAAGGACCCCGAGAUGAAGAUGACCACAUCUUGUCUGAGCUCAGGCAGCCUGUGGGAUCCCAACAUCACUGUGGAGAGCCCACAGGCCAGUCAGCUCCGGGUGAGCUUCACCCUGUGGAACGAAUCCACCCACUACCAGCUCCUGCUCAACAGCUUUCCACGCACUGAGGACCUCAGCUGCUUCGAGAAUGUACUGCAAAUACCUGCGCCCAGACCGGAGGAAUUCCACCAGCGGACCAACAUCACAGUCCAUCUUCAGCACCCUGACUGGUGCUGCCAUCACCGGGUGCAGGUCCAGCCCUUCUUUAGCACCUGCCUGAAUGACUGUCUGAGAUAUUCUGUGACUAUUGACUGCCCAGAAAUGCCACCGACCCCAGCCUCCAUUGCAGAUCGCAUACCCCUGUGGGGCUACAUCUUCAUCACGGGCAUCUCCAUCCUGCUGGUGGCCUCAGUCAUCCUGGUGAUCCUCUGCCUGACGUGGAGGCUGCCAGGCUCUCGUCAUGGGAAGCAUGGGAACAGCGCCAAAGACACCGAUGCCCCGCCAGUGGCUUCCCCGAGCCCCCCACCCCUGAAGCCCAGGAAGGUCUGGAUCGUCUACUCAGCUGACCACCCUCUCUACGUGGAUGUGGUCUUGAAGUUUGCCCAGUUCCUGAUCACUGCCUGUGGCACUGAAGUGGCCCUUGACCUCCUAGAAGAGCAGGUCAUCUCGGAGGUGGGGGUGAUGACUUGGGUGGGCCGCCAGAAGCAGGAAAUGGUAGAGAGUAACUCCAAAAUCAUCAUCCUCUGUUCCCGAGGCACCCGGGCCAAGUGGCAGGCUAUCCUGGGUUGGGAGGAAGCUGCCAUCCAGCUGCGGUGUGACCACCGGAAGCCUGCUGGGGACCUUUUCACAGCAGCCAUGAACAUGAUCCUGCCUGACUUCAAGAAGCCAGCCUGCUUUGGCACCUACAUCAUCUGCUACUUCACCGGCAUCAGCAGCGAGAAUGACAUCCCCGACCUCUUCAACAUCACCUCAAGGUACCCUCUCAUGGACAAGUUCGAGGAAGUGUACUUCCGGAUCCAGGACCUGGAGAUGUUUGAGCCCGGCCAGAUGUGCCGCGUCAAGGAGCUGGCAGAAGACAGCUACCCGCAGAGCCUCAGUGGGAGGCAGCUCAAGGAGGCGGUGGACAGGUUCCAAGAGUGGCAGAUCCAGUGUCCUGACUGGUUUGAGCGUGAGAGCCUUCACUCGCCUGAUGACCAGGACCUCUCUUCCCUGGAUGAAGAGGUGUUUGAAGAGCCACUGCUGCUGCCAGGGGAGGGAAUUGUGAGGCAGAAGCCCCUGGUGAGAGAACCCGCCCCCGAGGGCUGUCUGGUGGUAGAUAUAAGCCUCACUGAGGAAGGAGGGCGAGCAUCAAAGCUACAGCCUGUGGGGGAGCUGGAGGCCGGGCCCCUGAGGACCCUGGUGCUGCCUGUUGAACAGGUCCCUGCAGCUCUCGCAGUGGAACCAGCCCGGCUCGCCGUUGGGAGCAACCCAGUCAGCCGGCUGGCUGUGGUAGCGGGUGAGGCCUGCCCGCUGCUGGGGGACAGCAGCCCACGGCGGAACAGUGUCCUCUUCCUACCCGAGGACCCCAAGGACUCACCUCUCAGCAGCACUCCAGUGGCAUCGCCUGAUCACCGGGGUGGUGGGAGGGCGCAGCUAGAAGACUUGAUGUUCUCGCUCCUGCAGCAGAGUCUGGGCAGCCAGGCCCAGGUGGAGUGGGAGGAACCUGUCGGCAUUCUCAAGGGCCCCUGCACGCCGUACGAAGAGGAGCAGCGGCAGUCCGUGCAGUCUGACCAAGGCUACAUCUCCAGGAGCUCCCCGCAGCCCCCAGAUGGGCUUGCGGAAAUGGAAGAGGAGGAGGAGGAGGAGGAGGAUCGGGACCUGCAGAAGCCAGCUGACCAACUGUCUCCUGAGGAUCUGCAGACCCUGAGGAGCCUCCAGCAGCAGCUGUUCUUCCAGGAGCUCCAGAAGAACUCUGGCUGGGACAGUAGAGGGUCAGAGAGGCCAACUGCAGGAGGACAGACUCCCUCCUAGGGCCUCUUGGCCCUGAGCCUGGAGAGUGUGUGUGUGUGUGUGUGUGUAUGCAGGCAUUUACAUGCCUGUAUAUAUGUA